UUUUCAUUAAUGGAAAAAUGGUCCUCAAACACACCGAUUAGCCCUCUUCAGGUACAAGAAGAUAAAAGCCUGAUAAUUUGAAUGGAGUACUCUUCUUAAAUGUCUACUCUAUCUGUGGCAGCCAAUGGGAAAGUCAGGCUCUCUCCCACCUGAUCCAAUGAGUAAUUAAGAGAGUUUAAAAAAAAAAAAAACUGAACCCUUAACAUACUAGUGGUGUAUUGUGCGGACUUUAAGGGGCAUCAGGCAAGGAGAUCAAGACAUAGCAAGGGGCACAGCCUGACCAGCUGGCCAGCUACUUCUGCUUAGGUUUCAUUGGUGAGGGAAGGCGAGGCAGAAGUGGAAGUAUUAGUUAGCCUGCCCAAAGAAGUUGGUCAGGAGCAAAGCCAUCAUGAGCGACCAGAGUUGCAAAAAUGUCAGUGAUUGCACAGUUUCCCGCCUGCUCAAUGUGGUGGAAAGUGAGCUCCAGGCAGGGAGGGAGAAAGGAGACCCCACAGAAAAGCAGCUUCAGAUAAUCCUGGAGGAUGCAGCCCUUUGGCAGAGAUUCAAGGAAGUCACUAAUGAAAUGAUUGUGACCAAGAAUGGCAGACGCAUGUUUCCUGUCUUGAAGAUCAGUGUAACUGGGCUGGAUCCCAACGCCAUGUAUUCUUUCCUGCUGGACUUCACCCCGACUGACAGUCACCGGUGGAAAUAUGUCAACGGUGAAUGGGUGCCAGCCGGCAAACCCGAAGCUUCCAACCACAGCUGUGUCUACAUACACCCAGAUUCUCCCAACUUUGGUGCCCACUGGAUGAAAGCCCCUAUCUCCUUCAGCAAAGUGAAGCUUACCAACAAACUCAAUGGAGGUGGGCAGAUAAUGCUGAACUCUCUGCAUAAAUAUGAGCCCCAGGUUCACAUUGUUCGAGUUGGCAAUACUCAUCGAAUGGUGAUGAAUUGCUCCUUUCCUGAAACUCAGUUCAUAGCUGUGACUGCCUAUCAGAAUGAGGAGAUAACAGCACUCAAAAUCAAGUAUAAUCCAUUUGCCAAAGCUUUCUUGGAUGCCAAGGAACGAAACCAUCCAAAAGAUGCUCCAGAAGUUAUCUCAGAGGGUCAGCAUAUUACAUACUCCCACUUAGGAGGUUGGCUUAUUUCUAAUCCAGAUGCAGUGUGCACAUCAGGAAACUCCAACUACCAGUACCCUGCUCCCCUGCCUUUGGCUGCUCCCCACUCCCACCAUGGCUGUGAACACUACUCUGGUCUCCAUGGACACAGGACAGCUCCCUACCCUCCUCCUUACAUGCAUAGAAACCAUUCUUCCUCAGUGAACUUGAUAGAGAGCUCAAGCAAUAGCCUGCAAGUUUUUUCUGGAAACAACAGCUGGACUUCUCUAUCCUCCACUCCCCAUGCGCUCUCAGUCCCCCAUACCAACGGAGCAGCCUCUCCCCGCCCCAGUCACUACCCUUGCCUAUGGACCAUCAGUAACAGCGCUGGGAGUUCUGCUGACCCAGGCCCAUCUGUGCAUUCCAGCUCUUCGGGCACAUUUCUCCUAGGCAAUACAGCUCUCUCCCCACCCUCUUCCGUGACCCCCAUCCAAGUACCCACUUGUGCCAGCAUGGAUACCAUGGGGGAGUCCUCCCUCUCCAGCAUUGCUGUGUCCACAUGGACAUCAGUAACAUCCCAUUCCUUCUGAUGAGGGGAGGGGGGAAAUAUUUUCUCAAAUCUGAAAAUUAAGACCUGGGGGGGGGCAUAUACUGAAACUAUAUCUGAUGAAUCCAAAUGGAUCAGACUGCAAAUGAUUCUUUCUCUUUUCUUAAAGGAGACAAAUUAUCUCGCUGAGGGGAGAAGGAAGAUUAGUACUCUAACAUUGGGAUGAAUUGGGAAAGCUGGAAUGAGUAUAAUAAGUUUUUUGAGUUAGGUUAAUAUGUUAAAAUGUUAAAAUUACUUUAGGCUUCCCCUUUCUAUGCUCAGAACAGAUAGGGGAGACUAAACUUCAAUUAUCUUUUGAAGACAAAGUAGUAUGGAGAGUUUUGUGUGUGUUUGUGUAUGGGAAUGCUGCUAGAUAUUAUUGUUAGUAAUUUAUUGGAUAUUUUUGGCCAAGUUUUUCAUGAGUCAAGAGGAAUAACUAUAAAGAAUUAUAGUUCUGAAACUCUGGGGACAGUUGCAUUUUAGGUAUAUCCUACCUAGUUGUAUGCAUUUCAAACAUUUUUCUCUCAGAUUCAAUCCAAUAGUUAAGAUAAGGCUGAUUGUGUACCAUUUCCUUAACUUUUUCUUUAACUGUUUUACUCCUACAGAGUUACUGUUAGUACCAGUUACUCUGUGAACUAAGUGGUACAGUGGAUAGAGAGCUUCUCCUGAAGUCAGGAGUUGAAAUUUAGUCUGAGUUCAUCUUCCUGAGUUCAAAUCUAGCCUCAGACACUUGAUAGCUGAGUGAUUCUAUGUAAAUCACUUAAUCCUCUGCCUCAGUUUCCUUAUCUGUAAAAUGAGCUACAUAAGGAAAUGACAAACCACUGCAGUAUCUUUGCCAAGAAAAUCCCAAAUGGUGUCAUGAAGACUUGGCCAUGACUUAACCUCUUCUCUGACUUGUUUAUUCAUUUAUUCAACAAAAAUUUUUUUGAGUGAAUUCCUUAUGCACCAUGAAUAAGUGAAUGCUCAUAAACAAAGUAUGCUGGGGCCAAGGGUGCUUAUUUGCAUUUGGCUUUGAGGAUGAAGAUCCUAAGAAGGGAUAUUCUGAACUUACAGUUAGAAAGGGAAAAAAAAAUAAUCAGUUAUCAUUGAUAUCAGUGUGUCAGGAUGAGGAAGGAAAAAUGAAGUUAGAACUGGCUAGCAAAGAGGAGGAGGAGAGCUCUGUCAAAUGUAUCCCUGUGAGAGUGCAAAUUUUGGAACCUAAAAAAAUGCUAAAUGAUGGUCCUGGGCUUCUCAUCUGAGCUACAACUGAAGCUUGUUAUUCCUGGUAUUAUUUAUUCCUAGUCUAUUGUAAUAGCUUUGAGGACUUAAGAUUUUAAAAAAAAUAUAUUCUUUUUUUUUUUUUUUUUAAACCUUGCAGUCCCUUCUCAAUGACUUCCCCAUGCUUCUGGCCACCAGGAACCUUCCCUUGUAACAAGGAAUUAUUUUUAAGCAAAACAAACCCACACAUUGGCCAUGUCUGGAAAAUGCUUCCUUAUGACUUCCAUUGUCUUUGGAGUUAGGAGUAAUCAAUAAUGCUAAAAAUAAGUCUUUAUGGGUAUCUUUUAAUGCACAUAAAAAAGGAGGCUUGUAUUCUAAUCUAUGAUACCUCAAAUUAUGAUGUAGAAGGCAGUGGAAGAUGAAUUUAGGUCAAAAGAGAUAGAGAUACCUGAUUCCGGAGAAACAAAGUUAUAUCUAGGUGGAUUUCAAUUCCUGGAACCUUGGAUGCAAUGAUCUUUAGCCUACAGCAGGGAGAGGAAUAGGGCUGAUGGACUACAAGAGGCAGGGUCAUCUAGAAGUGGCAAAACCAUUUUUUAUUUAGGUUCUCAUCACAUCUCCUACUUUGGUAGAAGUCCAUCUAGUCAUUUGCAACACACAACAACAACAUCAAGAAAGGAAACUGAGGUUGUCAUCUCCGGAUGAUGGUUUCAACCUGCUUUAUUCUGUAUUCCUUAUUAACCUUUUGACUAAGACCACAUUGAUGAAUUGGAAAUUCAGUUUUUUUCUUCACUUUCACUUUAACUACUGGACAUAUGAAUAAGAAUAAGAGGCACACAGGAUUUAGGAUCAUAGAUUCAUGGGUGGAAGGAAUUUUAGAGUUCAUCCAGUGCAGUUCCUUCAUUUGAUAGCUCAGGAAAUGAAGCCCUAGAGAAGUGGCUUAGGUCACACAAUUAUAGAAUAAGAGACUGAAUUUCAACUCAUGUCUCCUGAUACCAAAUCCAGUAUUUUCUCCAUUGUUUGUGCCACUUUGGUUAUAAAUCUUGUCUCCUCAUUUCAAAGUCAAUGGUUGUUUAUAUCACUUGCCCCAUUCAUUGCACAAGAAGAAUGAUUGCUUUUCUUUUUAUCUUCUGCACUUAGCAUUGUACCUGACCUACAGUAAACAAUAAAUGAUUUUUGACUUACUUUCAA